CUGAUGAUGGACUUGAUUACAUUUUGGGUAUACUGGAAGCUGGGUCGGCAGCUUCUGGGAUGAUGUAUGACAGUGAUGACGACAUGGACAUUGCCAAAAAGAAAUUCAGGAAAUUGGAAGACAGUGAAUCUGAAAUGUCCGGCAAGGAGGAGGAAGAACAAGAACAAGACUCUGAAGAGGAGGGCAGCGAACUAGACAGUGACGUAGAUCUGGAUGCCAAUGCAGCGGAAGGCAAGUAUGUGGAGGAAGAUGAGAUUGAUGAGGACGGAGAAGGAAUGGAUGAGAGUGUUGGAGCAGGUUCGGAAGAAGAAAAUUAAGAGGAAGAGGAAUGAGUUGAGACUCAAAGCUUGCAGGG